GGCUUGCUCUGUAUCUGGUGUUGGAGCCUUUUAUGAAUUGUUUGUUCAGUGGCUGGCAUUGCGGCAGCAACGUGAAAAAGUAGCCAGAAAUACGACUUGGUGCUUGAAAUGCCCCCGGUUAUAAUUUCUUUCUGAAAAUGUACAAAUUCUUUGCAAGUUCCUCCUCCCACCCAACUUUUUACAGUACCAGGAUAUGAGCAUGUGAACCUAGCUCAUUCACUAUGCACGUAAAUUCCCAUGCUGGCUGAGGGUGAUGGGAUCUGUAGUACAAGACAUAUGGAAGCUGCCAGGUUGAGGAAGGCUUCAAAGGUUCAAGAUUUGAAAGACACAAAAAAUUAACAAGCAAAAUUUUGCUGUUUAGCAAGAUGUGCAAAUUCAGCCUGCAAGAGUUAGUGCCAAAUGCACUGUAUUGUGCAAAUCAGGAAUUGAGUCAUUGUGUAAACUCAGCAAAGUGGGUUUUGCGGAGUUGAAUAGCAUAGCUAAAAUAGCAUACAACUGUAUUUUUGCAGAUUCACUCCUGUCAGGUUGAUUUUCUCUAGGCACCUUUCAUUUUCAUUUAAUUCCAUUCGACACCAUGCUGCUUUUUGUGGUGGAUUGGAGGGGGCGGAUCUGCAAGAUGGCGAAUCACCAGCCGGAUCUUGUUUUACUUCCUCCCCCGCCCCCUCUCCGGAGCUCGGUGGAAUUUUCCUACAUCCAGGCUUGUGUGUGUGUGUGGGUGCGUGAGAGUUCAGCGCCAGGAGUUUUGGAGGGCACCGAAAGGAAAGGCUGCUUAAGAAGGUAUCCAGAGCUUUCUCUGUGUACCUGCCUUCUGUGAGUAUUCCCAGGACUCAGCUUUUGAGCCACACUGAAGAUAGAAAAUGCCUAAACGAAAAUGUGUCUUUACCGAAAAACUGAAGCAGAAAUAUCCUGAUUUUCGCAAAGGUAGAGAUGACUAUGAAGCAGAGUGCUUGGUCUGCAAAGCUGGCACGUUUGUGUCAGUUGCACAUAAAGGUGCCAGUGACCUGGAGUAUCACAUGUCCUCUGAAAAGCACAAGAAAGCCCUUGGAGGAGACAGUUGGUCUGCAAAGCUGACUGAGUUUUUUGUGAAUCCAGGCACCAAAGCAGAGGACGCUCUUGCUGCAGCUGACAGCACUCUAGCGUUCCACACUAUCCCAAAUCACAACAGCUACAAAUCAAUGGACAGAACCUCCGACUUACUAAGAAAAUUAUUUCCUGAUGCAGACAUAGCUCAAAAAUUUUCCAACACCCAAACCAAGACCAAAGCUAUAGUGAAUUCUGUGCUUGCCCAGCAUGCAGUCAACAUUGACCUGAAGGCACUUGAGGAAAAUUGCAUCCCUUUCUGUGGAGUGGCUAUGGAUGACAGCAAUCACAGUGCAGUGAAAAUGUUUCCCGUACUUAUCCAAUAUUAUGACUACAGGAAUGGUGGCUUGAGAACCAAACUCCUAGAACUUCAGGAAACAGCCACUGAGACGGGCGAUGCCGUUUCAGACCACCUUGUCAGAGUUCUCAAGAAAUACGGAUUGCUCCAGAAGUGUGUGGCGUUUGCAGGGGACAACUGCAACACCAUGAUUGGUGGGCUUCGGCAAGACGACGCAGCAAGGAGUAUCUUCACCAAGUUGAAGAAAGCACUCCAGAGAGAGUCGUUAAUUGGGGUGUACUGCCCUGCCCACAUUUUGCACAACUGCAUCCAUCACGGAGCAGACACCCUCGAUGUGGACAUUGAGCACAUCAUUCUGAAGAUCUACCAGUACUUCCACAUCUACACGGUACGGACUGAGCUCCUACAAGAAUACUGUGAGUUUGUCGAGGUGGAGUAUAAAAGACUGCUCUCCCACAGCAAGACUCGGUGGCUGUCCUUAUUCCCUGGCAUCACAAAACUGCUUCAGGUGUAUCCAGCCUUGAAGUCCUUCUUCUUGGCCCAGAGCAAUCCACCUACUGUGCUCAGGAACUUUUUUGAGGACGAGUUCGGUGAGCUGUACCUUUGGCACAUGCAUUCGCUCAUGAACGCAUUCCAUUUACACAUUGAAGAGAUGGAACGGGAAAAUAACUCCCUUGUGGAAGUGAUGAAGACGUUGGACUCCGUGCACACCAUCCUGCUUGAUCGUAGAGCUCAGAACUUCAUGUCCCUCACGGUGAAGGGGAUGCUCGCGGAGAAGCGCAAGGAGGGGCUAGAGGCAGCGUGCGAUGCUUUCUCUGACGCAGUGCAUCGCCUCUACAGUAACUGCAUAGAAUACCUGGAGAUGUGGAUGGCAUCUCUGCAGGAGUUUUCCUGCUUCACGUGGAUGGCUCUCAGUGAUACGCCAAGCUGGAGUGAUGUGGAGGCAUGCAUAACGUACCUGAUGGAGAAGGGUGUGGAAAUUGACAAUAUGAAGUGUUUUGAUCACUUCAACAAUCUGAAAAAAUUUGUUGAGGCUUCCAGUGAUGAAGAAGAGUUCCAAAAUCUGCUUUCACACCAAAAAUGGACCAAAUAUUUCCUGAAAGCUAAAGCCAUUGAAUGCUAUUCAGAGCUGUUAAAAAUUGCCCAGUUCUUCUUUGCAAUUCCUUCCCACAGUGUAAAUAUGGAGUGCAUCUUUUCUCUGAUGCAAACCCUGUAAUUAAAGGAGAGGAUCUGCCUGAAGGUUCCUGACCCUGCAAUAUAACUUAAAGGCAACUGGUGCAAAGACUUCCAUGCAUGAUUUGCUCUAGUGGUAAAUUCACAUGCACAGAGUAGGAAGAAAGAGAAAGGGACUGAGAAAUGUUUUUACUUUAUUUGGUUGCUUUUUACAGUGCUUUAGUACCUCACCUGUAUCAAAAUAUUUAGUUUAUUUUACUGCUUGUUCAGCUUUGGUCUGCCCUGGUUUGGGUAGCUGCUUACAGACUAUGUUUUUAUUGGAAUAAAUGGGGGAAAAUGAUAUAACCCCUUUCCUACAUUUUCUGACCCAGAUAUUUUUUCAUUGGAUUGGAUCUGGAUUUGCUUGCAAAACCAAAAGGGAAAAAAAAAAAAACUUUAAAAGCUAUUUUUAUUGUGUCUUGGGGUUGGCAGACUCAGAAAUCCAUGCAGAGCAAGGUGCUGUGCAACUCCUUGGCAUAAAGGUUUCUUUAUUGAAAGUGUGAAAAAAAAUACAUGCCCCCCAACAGUGC